AUGCUCUUAGACAUGGAUAUCCUCUGUCUGCUGCUCCUUUUUCCUGCCAUAUGCCGAGCCCUUGAAGUUGGUGUCCCUGAUCUUCCUGUCACUGGAAUCCUGGAUGAAGAUGUCAUCCUCCCCUGCUGGUUCACUCCCCCGGCUGGCUUCUCAGUGCAGAACCUCAGUUUGUUUUGGAAGUUAACAAGUUUGCAGCAGGUUCAUGCUUUUACACUUGGACAGGAGCAAUUGGAGAACCAGGAACCAAAUUUCACAAAUCGUACACAGCUUUUUCUGAAUAAACUGCCAGAAGGCAAUAUGUCCCUUCUUCUCCGCAAAGUCCGUCUAUCUGACGAAGGCACCUAUACAUGCUUUGUUAAUGUUGGAAACUUCGAUUCAGCUGCUGUGAGUCUGCAGGUGGCAGCCUCUUUCACAAAGCCAAUUUUGCACCUGGAACCUAGCGAGGGUCUUAAACCUGGUGAUCAUGUAACAGUGACAUGCCACACUUAUCGUGGGUACCCAGAGGCUGAAAUAUUAUGGCAGGAUGGAAAAGGACAAAACCUGACAGAAAACAUCACAACUUCACAAGUGGCCAAUGAAGAAGGCUUGUUCCAUGUUCAGAGCUCUGUCCAUGUCAUCUUGGAGACCAGCGACACAUACACUUGCUUGGUAUACAAUCCCAUCCUGCAAGUGAUGACUCAUGCAUCUCUGAGUGUAACAGGGCAGCAUCUCUCAUUCCCACUUGUGGCUUUGUGGGUGACAGUGGGGCUUUGUGUCUGCCUUCUGGGACUCCUUGUGGCUCUUGCCUGUGUUUGUCGGAAACAGCUAAAACAGACCUGUGAGGAAGAGCAAGAACAAGAGGAAACCGGCAACAUGGAACAAGAAGAAAAUGGAGAAUUGAAGACAGCCAUGCAGCCCCUAAAGGCCAGCACAGCAGAAGGUAAG